AUGGGAGACUUCGAUGCCAUCCCGCCCGAAGGAUCGUCCAGCAACGCUAGCAACGGCAACGACGACCGCGACGACAACAACCAUGGCGCCGGCGUGGUCGAGCCCGAGUCCGAAGCUACUGCGUUGAGCGACGUGCUCCAGAUCGACGACGAAAACGGUGGCGGUGGGGAGUUCAACUUUGGCCACGACGGCAACUUCGGAACCGGACAAGACGACGGCGACGACGAUGGCGGAUUCCACGAUGACGGAGAUCGGUCACCGCCGGGAACGAACUCGAGCGGUCAUCGAAGGUUUGGGCGUGUUGACACUCCACUGCGGGUGGAGCCGCCGCCGUCCUUCAACGCGCCUGCACGACCCGUGGAUCAGACCCAGGACCAGCAAAUCAAGGCGUCGGCCUUCUCGCCGGCGGCUUUCACGAUGCGGAAGUACGAGAUGCCGUCCUCGUCGCACGGCCUCCUCGGAUCGAAAGACUCCGCCGGGGGGUCGAGCACUGCAUCGCUCGUGGGAAGCCUCCGUCAGCGGCAGGAGCCAACAAAACGAGACCUCACGGAAAACCAUGCCUCCUACCGAAUAGCGAUGAGCGACUACCAUAUGCUGGCGUUCUCCAGCCAGAGAUCGGGGCGGCACGAGAUGGAAGGGCUGGCCUACUACUCCGCCGGGGUGACUAUGGACAGCAUGGGGCAGUACCCGAAGGCGCUGGAGAACUACAAGAAGUUUCUCGCGGUCUGCAAGACGCUGAAAGACCCGUUCAUCGAAGGCGUGUGCCACAACUGCAUGGGGGUGGACUACAUGCUCACGGCGUGCCCACCGGCGUCGAACAUGCAGGAGAACACGACAGGGCUGCCAGCGAGAGCGGUUGCCUUGUUGCGAAAGGCGUUGGAGCACCACGAGGAGCACCUAAAGGGAGCGGACGACGCGGGGUCUGGCGUAGCCCACUCCAACAUCGGGCUGUGCCACGGCCUGAUGGGAGACUACCCUAGGGCCGCCAAACACCACCAAGAGGCCCUGAGGGUGGCUCUUCGUGUCCAGAGUGCGAGCGCGCAGAGCGUGGCCGCCGGCAACCUCGGCACCCUGGCCGCGCGGCAGGGGGACAUGCAGACAGCGCAGGCUUGCCUGGAGCAGCACCUCCAGCUGGUGCAGCAGCUCGGGGACUGGCAGGGGGAGAUAAACGCCUGGUCGAAGAUGGCGCAGGUGGCAGCAGCAGCGGCAACGGGAGGACGAAAUGGAGGAGGAGGAGGAGGAGGAGGGGGAGGAGGAGGACAAGAGACUGAAUCAGUUAGGGAGGGGAGCGGUGGGGGCCGUGCUGGCGGCGGGAGUCUCGCGCGUGUUGAGAUCGGUCCUGAAAACGGUGCCGACAGGUGGGGGAGGAUGGCAGGGGCCGGAACGGGGGCCACGGAGGGGCAAGAGGAAGCUGUUGUGAGGGCGCUGUGGUGCUUCGAGAGGGCGGCGGCCUUGGCAAAGACUCACGAUAAGGUAGAACGCGUCUAA